GAAGGCUCUUUUCGUCAUUCACUCUCAAUGUUAUCAAAACCCUAACUAUAAAAAAGUGCACCUAAUGUCGCAGCAUCUCUUCGAAAACUGAAAUUGGAAAAGCCCUAAUUUGACAGCUCUCUCAGUCUCUCAUUUUGCCUGAAAACCAUGUCGAGGAGAAAGGUUAGGGAGCCCAAGGAGGAGAAUACUACCCUUGGGCCGGCUGUACGAGACGGCGAACAUGUUUUCGGGGUGGCUCACAUUUUUGCUUCAUUUAAUGACACAUUUAUUCAUGUAACAGAUUUGUCUGGAAGGGAAACAAUGGUUCGCAUUACGGGUGGUAUGAAGGUGAAAGCUGAUAGGGAUGAGUCUUCCCCUUAUGCCGCCAUGCUUGCAGCACAAGAUGUUUCUCAACGCUGCAAGGAGUUGGGUAUUACAGCCCUUCAUAUAAAGCUUCGAGCUACUGGAGGGAACAAAACCAAGACACCUGGUCCUGGUGCUCAGUCAGCACUUAGAGCCCUCGCUCGUUCUGGCAUGAAAAUUGGACGCAUAGAGGAUGUCACCCUUCCCACCGAUAGUACUCAGAGAAAGGGUGGCAGACGCGAAGAAGGCUGUGAUUCUUUGCUUCAUAUCUGCUACUCAGCCGCUGCUGCUGGCGGUUUGACAUUAGGAAUUCUCUUUGCUUUUGAAACAAUUUUCUGAUUAGAUUCAAGUAUGCUUUGCUCUGUUCUUAUGUUGCACACUUGUAGUUCCUGAAUGGAUUUUGAUCCUUGAAUCUUAAAUUGGACAAAAUGUUGUGGAACUCUUCAAAUUUUUUUGCUAAAGGGGUAUAUAAGCCCUUAACUUUGACUAAA